GAUCUUUAUCGUGGGUUGGGAGAUAAGGAAGAUACGAGUGUUGAUACCAUGGUUGCUUUGAUUGACGAUGAUUACCCAUUUGAGCAUAACACUUGGUCAGGUGGUGUGAAAGCGGAUGAUGUUAAACUGAAGAAGGGUCAUGCACAAACUUCGGAGUCAAGUGAUGAAAAUGUUCCUGACCCGGUUGAAAAGGAUAAUGCUCAUCGUGGUGGCGUAGAGAGUGGUGGUUACCCUGGAGAUCCGAGAGGGCAAUCAUCAGCUAACCCCUCGGGUGCCCCGCAUGGUGGUGAGAGUUUCCAUGUUGAUGUCGAAACAUUACUUAGGCGUGCAGCUGAGGUAUACGAGGAUAAGGUAAUUGCAAUGUUUGAGGGCUAUAUUCUGAGUUUGAAGGGACAUUUUAAUUCUGAAAUGGGAGGCCUUCGAACCGACUUACAAGCAGCUACCACCGCGAUUGCCCAUUUGGAAACUACAGUCACAAGGGAGUUUGAUAAGAUCAAUCAGUUACUUAAGUCUGGGCUUAGAGGUGCGGAUAUGGGAGCAACGUAUGGGUUCAGUCCUGGGAGACAUUCGUCACCAUUCCCAGGUCAGAAUGAUGAUUUCAACUAUACAGAGGUUAAUCCCGAUCGACACACUACACAUACUGGUGUUCCCGAGUCAACACCGCGAGAUGGAGAGGAUGUUGCGGCAACAGAGACCGCCUCGGUUGGUUUGGGACAGAAUCUGGAUGAAGGAGAAAGGGGUGGAGGACUAUCUCCGGGUAAACAGACCGACUCAACUCAUGGACCCGAAUUUAGAGCUGAGACAGGGGUCGAGCAUGGGGGAGAUGCUGACAUUGGACAUGACCCCAUAAACGUGGAGGUGGGCGAGCAUGGGGGAGAUGCUGACAUUGGACAUGACCCCAUAAACGUGGAGGUUUGUCCUUUAAAUUCUGUUGUGUUUUAUACCAUUCUAUGCAGUUCAUGGGAGUAGACCCUUUCCAUAUUGAGAUUUGUCACUGACAUUACCAUACUAUUUUAAUUUAGAAUCCCUCGCCUUCGGUAAACGUCGCAUCCCCUAACAAUUCUGAUGCCUCCAAUCCUCCUUCUCCUCGAGUUGAUGUGGUAAGAAUGAGUAGAAACCUGAUAAGCAGUCAAAUUGUCGGCUUUGUCUUAAUAUUAUAAUAAUGUAUAUUGGCUCAGUUAAUUGAAAAAUGUGGUUAAUCUAUCUAGGACGAAGUGAAUGUAUCAUCGGAACGCCGCGUUGAUGACCCAGUGUCUGGCGUCGUUAAUAAAAUUCUAUCAGAAGCGGGCAUUGAUAAAGUAAGUUCUCUAUACUAUAUUUGCAUAUAUAAAUCUAUAUAACUACUCCAUUUGUUAAUAGAUUCCAUUCUAUGUGCUUUACAUUGGCAGAACCCGGUCCGAUCCUUCGCUGGUUCUGGAACUGAUGUACCUCAGACAUCAUCAGAUGUCAAUCCGGAGAAAGUGGGUCUUGAUGGUGUGCAUGCCGAUCGUGGUGAGGCUGCUGUUGGGAAUAAGGGUGAGGAUGUGGCUGAAGAUGAUGUUACAAUUACUAAAGUUCAGGUAUAAUGCUUUACAUUCUUCCCAGCUCAAAUGUAAAGUGUGUUUGCAGAGGUGAUAAGUUUAUGUUAAUAGGCUGGACGAGUGAACACUGAUGCAGCCGGUGGUCAAGCCGAUGGUGGCAGGCGUUUUAGUAGACGUACGCAUACAAGUACGAAAUGCUACACUCCUCCUGCACCCGCCGUCCGUAAGAAAGAUGGAAACAAGAAAGUGGCGCGUCAAACUGAUGAUAAUCCUGCACCUCCUAAACGGGUUAAAAAGGUGGCGGCUGAGCCAAGUAACCCAAAGCCUCGUCCUCAAGAAAAACACACCUUUAUAGGUGGCUUCUCCCCAUUUUCUCCGCCAACCCCAGCUGCAAGAGAGGCCUUCCUGAAGACAAUGGCGGAGGCAAAGUAAGUUGAAAGAAUAGCAUGGUUACUAUUCCAUUUGAAAACUAUAUAUUCCAUAUGACAUAAUAUGGUAUAGUCAGGCAAUAAUCAACUAACGGUAUUACCACUUGCCUUCAGAUCAAAUGCGCCAUCCCUCGGGUCAAUCAGUUCCAUUGCUUCUUUGGAUGAUCUGUUCAAUUGCACCGGUGUUUGUUCGUAUGAGGUAAGUUAUAAUCCUCACUCCUUUGCAUAAAUUUUGUUUCUUUGUUUUCCUUCUUAUUUAUGUCUACUUUGUAGGCUGUGGAUCGUGUUGUAGGUUGGAUAAGAAAGAGGCGUGACAGCAAUCCAUCUUCAAAAUUUGACUUCAUCCCUCUACCUUUCUUUAUCGAUCUGAUCCGAAGUUAUCUUGCUUUUGAAGCCAUGCAAGAUAAGUCCGCCUUCACUUUUCCGGUGUCUCUGCGCAGUCAGUUCAUGCACCGGCCACAGUGGUUUACGCAAGUAGACUUUCUCUACACUCUGAUUCUGGUUAAAGACAGACACUGGAUUGGUAUGAUAGUAGAUUUGCCUAUGUGGGCCAUCUAUGUGGUGGACGCGAACCAGACAUGUCCUCCUAUUUCAGUGUUGAAAGAUGUCGUCAAACUUCACGACCUCGUGAGUUGCCCCACAUGGUAUCGAGGUUCUGUCUAACUUCACGACCUCGUGAGUUGAAUUAACUUCCGUUCCCCAUAUCUCGCUUAGACAUACCAGUUCUACUAGAACAUCCAGGUAUUAAUCGCCUCUCAUUUAAAUUUUUAUUUAACACACCGCACUAUACCAUACGCAUAACCUCCUAUACUAUGUGAGGUAAAUAGUAUAGCAUUCCCCAAAGUAUUUAUAAUAAUCAUUUUCCUGUUGUUAGGGUACGCCGCGGUUGUGGCACUGAUUUUGUUAGAGAUUGCUGCCGUGGGGAAGCCUUUGAUUGAUCUGGCUCUCACUGAAGACGAGGUCCGUGUUGCAGCGGAGAACUAUGCGAUCUCUACCCUGGGUAUGUUUAAGGUGGUCCCCCCUAAUCCUGCAGUUUAGUCGUUUUCAGAACUGUACUACUUUAUGUUCAUUCGUGUUUGAUGUAAUCCACAUUGUGUUGCUGUAUUCCCUUUCUCCUACCUCUUUAUGUUUUACUCUGUAAUCCUUUGUUUCUUCAGAAUAACAAACGAUGAUUUCUUAUGUUUAACUUAUGAUGUCCUCAGUCCCAGGUUUCUUUAUUCCAUGCAAUGAAAAUAGUAUAUUUUUCGGGAGUUAGUGUUUACCGUUUAGAGUACUGAUAGUACAACAUGUGGAACGAAGGAUAUGCUAAGUCAGUCUCUCUUGAGUCAUACCCAAGUUUAUGUUCAUCUACAAAAUCCUAUGUAAAUUAAACACAUCCCAUAUAUGACGGUUGAUAAAUUCACAUUGGAAGGAGUAAUGGUACUAUCUAUAUGAUUAAGGGGUCGGGGAGGGUUUGGGUUUAGUUUUCAAAAAUGGUGGGGUUGUUGGUGUUUACGUUUGUAUCAGACAAGUGGGUAUUGUAUUGGGUUUAGGGUUUUUUGGGGGGGGGGGGGUGGGGUGGGGGGUUUGGGUUUAGUUUUCCGGACGGGUUGGUUUGUUGUGUUUAGGUUUUCUUUUUAGUGUUAGUGAGUGGAAAUGUAUUGGGUAUAGUGUUGAGGAUGUGUUCUUUGGUUUCCUGGGGUUGGAUUGUUGGGUUUGUGUGUCUUUUUAGGGGGUGUUUUCCAAAUUUUUUUAACUCUGUAGAGUUCCUUUUGUAAUGGUUAUUGGUUUGUAUGCGAAUUUCAGCUUAACCAUAUAAACCGUCGUAUAGUAUAGUCUUCUAAAGAAUGGUAUAGUACGUUGAAGCUUAUGGGUUCAUUAUAAGAUAUUUAUGUUGUUUAUGGUUAUUGGGGGGGGGGGAGGUUUGGGUUUCGUUUUCUGUAAGCGUGUGGAUGUUAUGUUUAGUAUUUCGAUUGGUAACGACUUAGAGGACUAAUUAUAGUAUAGUGCUGGCAAAAACUGUAUAGAAUAAACAAUGUAAACACUAAAUGCUUGUCAGAUAUGUGGACAUAGUACAUAACUGCACUAUUAAUAUUACAC